AAAAAGGUGCCGAUGACGUCACGGGUUAGCGAGACGGGGGAACAUUCAGUAAAAUAUGUCCGCUUUAAGGCCUGAACCCGAGGAAAGCCUGGACAACCAGUGCAAUAACAGUGAUUUCUGUGAAGAUCAACGCAAAGAAGUUGAAGGCGAGGGUGCGGCAGAUGAAGCUCCCGAGUCACAAGAGAGUUUAUUUCAGGAAAGCGCCGACGCAAAAGAAACGAAAGAGUCUGCAGAGGCAAAGAACAAUUCAUCCGUUCAGAGUGGCUUUGUACGAAACGGAGAAUCCGAUCCAUGCCGUGAAUCUGACUCCGUGCCUAAAGCUCAUGAUGAUGUUUCCCACGAUGAAGAUCUGGGACUUGUCUGGUCCGAGUCAGAAGAGGAGUUGGAGUCGAGGGAAUGUAGCAUCUCGGGUAAAGAAGGCACGGGGCAUGAACUUUGUCAAGGGACACCAGAGGACCAGACAACAGAAGACCUCAGCUUACUGGAUAGACCUCAGGAUACUGGGAGUACCAUAGAACAUGAAGAUGCACUAGCACAAGAUGAGGAGGAAGAACUGACAGAUCUGAGUGUAGACAUGGAAUGUGAUAGUGACUCUAAGCAGGAAGAGGAGGAAAGGAGAGAGGAAAUUUCAGAAGAUGAAGAAGAAGAACCCAAAAGUGAAGAUAAAAGUAAGGAACAAGAGGAUAGGAGGCCAGGUGAUGAUGAGGAGUGCCAUGAGGCUGAUGUUGUGGAUAAGCAGCGUAAAAACCGCCUGAAUUGCCGCGACUGCGGCAAAAGCUUCACUCGACGAGAGACGUACGACCUGCAUCGCCACUUCCACAUGCAUCAAGAUGAGCAGGCUUCUCUCACCUGUAAAGAAUGUGGCCUCACCUUUCAGCAUCGCAGCAGCCUCAUCAAGCAUCGCAGCGAACAUAAACAAAACGGUGUGCCAGAUUCAGCAUUGGUCUCUUAUAAGCGGUCUCAGGUAAGGGAGUUCAGGGAAGAAAAGAUAUUUGAAUGUGACCACUGUGGUGACUGUUUUGCAUCUCUGAUCCGAUUUAAGCUUCACGCCUGCCAGCAGAGCCUGGAGAAGCCUUACCGCUGCCCCCUGUGCCGCAAAGAGUUCCAGUACCGAGUCUCCAUCAAUGCUCACAUGCAGAGCCAUUCAUUAGAGUGUCCUUACAGGUGCCUCGAGUGCAAUAAGGGCUUUCAGUGUGCUGUGACAUUGCACAUACAUCAGCGGUCCCAUGCUGCCCUCAAACCUUACGAAUGCCCUGAUUGUGGCAUGGUCUUCAGGCACCGCUCAUUCAUGGAGGACCAUCGCCGCAAACACACUGAAGAAAGGCCACACCGGUGCACAAUAUGUGGCAAAACCUUCAAAUACGGCAGCCUUUUGCAACAGCAUCAAUACCUUCACACUGGCCAGAAGCCAUACCGGUGCACAGAAUGUGGAAAGAGAUUUGCAUUUGCACAAAAUAUGCGUGCUCACUGUCGCCAACACAAGAAACUCACUAGUUCUGGUUUUGAGGCAGCUAUCACAGAAAGUAAUGAAAUGUCCAACGGAACAAGUUUAGGAUCUAUAGGGAAAGAGAACACCAAUACACACAUGGAACACCAGCGCAACUGUCCACUGUGUCCACAGCUCUUUUACAAAGCAGCUGAUCUAAGGGCCCAUAUAUUGACACAUGAGGCAGAAUAUGAAAAAUUGAGUAAUGGGAAAAAAAAUCACAAGGUAUAUGCCUGUCCCAAUUGUCCUCUCCAGUUCUUGGAUGAAUCCACCUUACAGUCACAUGCCUUGACUCAUCAGGUUAUAGCAAUUCCAUCGAAGAGGGAGGUUCUUACUGUAGCAAGCUCAGCUAGCACUGAUAACAUUACUGCAGAUGGAGAAUGGGGAGACCAAACAGACAAAAAACCUUUAAGGUGCAAAGACUGUGGCAAAAGCUUUCGUUACCGUUCUGUUUUAGAGCUUCACAUGCGUAUACACAACAGGGGUUACCAGUGCCAUGUUUGUAAAAAGUCAUUCCGUUUCAGCAGUUACUUACAGCAGCAUUUGAUCAUCCAUUCCGGUAAGAAGCCAUACAAGUGCCCUGACUGUGGAAAGGACUUUGCGUUUCUUCAGAACAUGAAGACUCACCAGAGACUGCAUCAGCAGAAACCUUUUCGCUGCACACAGUGUCGCAAGGGCUAUAGUGAUGAGAGUCAGUUACAGCGCCACAUGCUUUGCCACUCAGGAGACAAACCUCACAAAUGUCACAUCUGCAACAAGAGUUUUGGUUUAGCAUACCUACUUCGUGACCAUCUGAACACCCACACUGGGGAGAGGCCACAUCGUUGCCAAGAAUGCCACAAAUCAUUCCCCUGGCUCAGCAGUCUCCUCGUUCAUCAAAAAAUACACGCUCGUAAACGCCAAGGAGCAAAUCAGUCCUAUCCUUCAACAACUGGUUCCCAAAGAGGGAGAACAAGUGCUGUAGGAAGGGGCAGGAGAAGUGGUAGAUGGGUUUCAAGUUGGCCAAGAAUUGGAGGAAAUGUGGACAGGGCAGUGCCACUGCAGCCGACUCCUUUUCAGGAUCAAAUUUUGCAGACUGUGCCAAACUUGUUGGGGCAAGAAUCUAAUGUUUUUGAAUCAGAUAGAAAUGAGCAAACUCAGCUUAUGCCUGUUUUACAGCAGCAGUGGCAAAUUCAGAUUCACUCACAGCUACAACAGCACUCUAAAUGGUUAUCUGAAGGACAAUCUAAUAAUUUCCGGAACCAGUGGCAAACGGCGACACAUCUCAAACCUAUCUUGCCAAAGCCGGAUGUUCUCCCCAAGAUUGCAUCACAACAGCAGAGUCCUGGCUGGGCUGAGGUGGCAUCAUCAUGCCAGGCUGGCACAGCUCCUAAACAGCUUCCCGAGAACUACGCAGCACAAAAUAACUGUGACACGGCUUCAACUAGCACAUCAUCCCCUGCUAGGGGCUGUGCUGAUGGCCCAUCCAAGAGUGAAGCAAAGGUGCAACAACAGCCUCCUCCAUCACCAGGCACUGCUGAUAGGUCAUUGGUUAGAAAGACUCGUUCAAUGUCAAACACUCAGAAUUCUCCAAACAAAGGGUUAAAUAUUCAAGGUCAACAAUUAUCACAGUGGCCAGCCUCUGAUUUAGCCCAAAAUACUAACAUGGGAAUUGGUUCAUCAGGAAAAGAAAAUGUAAUUACUUUUAGCUUAAAAACACCAGCAGGCACACAGCAGGUUCACACAGAAUCUGAUAAAUCGGAUCAGUCGCAACAGUCGUCUACUCUAGCCAGCGUAUCGAUACCAACACAAACAAGGCAAAAUGCAGAUGCGUUAGAUGACAGCGCUACUCUUAAAAACAACAGUAAGCCUUUGAAUAUCGGAACUCCUCUUGAAAUGUCUAAGAGUGUAAACUCACAAGAAAAAACUGUGAAUGAAACAGGGGCUCAGCAUCCCCAGCUCCAUAUACUGCCACCAACUUCACAACAGCAACAUCAGCAAUUACAGCUGGUCUUGCAGCCCCAAACAAAUCCAUUAGGAUCAGUCAGUGUUCAGUUUGGAGCAGCUCCUUUUUCUCAUGGGAACGGAAGCACAGUGUUGGGCUUCCAGACCACUCCAGUUGUUUCCCAAGCUCUGUUAAAUGGACCAGUGCAGCAGGGGCCACAACAGCAAGCACCUCUAGUUUCUGCCUCUCAAAUCCUCUUAAAUCAGGCACCUCCCUUUAUUACCUCACCACUCCCUCUGGCAUCUCCUCUUGCGUUGCCAGGUCCUCAUCCAAUCCAUUCUAUAGCAGGGCAACUUCCAGGUCCAGCACCUCAGAGCAUCAUCUUUUCUCCACAAGGCAUAGUGAAUGAGAGACCAGUAAUACCACAGGCUUUGCCCUCAACUCAUGGAGGUCAACGAACUGAACCAAACAAAGUUAUUGGUCAAGUUUCACUUACUGCAGAUCAGCGUUUUCGUUGCAUGAUCUGUGGAGGCACGUUACCAGGAGAACUAGAAUUACAGGUGCACUAUAUGCAACAUGUACAAGGUGAGGUCUGAUUUGUAUAAUGUUAACAUCCCUCUACACCGUUAACGUAUCUGGCUGUUAAAGUGCCAAAAAGACUGUUGUAGAUCAUGCUUGUUGAGUCAUUUCCUCAAUUCUGAAUUUCUCCUUGUAUUCUGACCGUGUGAGAUGUGAAGUGACCAUCAGUAAUUAGUCAGUUAAUGAAAAUGACAUUUGCAACAUGUACAGGUUCAAAUACUUCACUGAGUUUAUUUCACUUUGCAAUCAAUUUAUCACCCAGGUUAAACCAUUGCUUAGAUUUUAUGUAGUUUUUUUUUUUUUUUAACGAUAUUCAUUUAUAAUGUUGAAUAAUGCAUUUUCCCAUCUGAAGCAAGUUUAGUGUUUAUACAAACCCGGGCUAAUGUUCUCAUUAUCUGUAAUGACACAUUGCACUUAUUCAUCAAAGUUGCAUAGAAACCGUUUGCAGAUUUGAGCACACAAACUGUCAUUUGCACAAAUCUGCGUCUGAUUCAUGAAACUAUCAUACUACAUUCCAAAGAGUUGUGUUUUUGUUUAGCAUUAUCAUUAGAAGACCCCAGUUUAUAUAGGUAUUGUGACAGUGAACAGGCAAAAGAAAAUGAUUUAUCAGGUUAAAAUACAAGGAACAUCCAAGAAAAGAAGGAAAAAAAUUCAGUGAAGUAAGAGGUGCUUUUGUCCGAAGUCGCUCUAAAUAAGUCAGAUUUAAGGUCAAAAUCAGGUAUAAAACCAAACUGUUUUCCAACCUCAAUUGCUGACAGAGUAGCAGAGAGUUUUUAUUCUUUAUGGCAGAGUAUUUUUGUACUUUCAUAAUACGGCUGAUGAGGCUCAGAUUUAAUUAGCUUUAUUUAUAAUAAUAAUAAUAGAUGAGCCAAGUAUUCACCCUGAACAAAUAAAGAUUUAAAUGAAGAUCUUCCACAAAAGCACUAAAAAAAUAAACCUAACACUAAGACGACUACCAAAAUAAUGAAUAAAGUCAUUCCUCAUAUGUUUAGGACUUAAGGUAUGUAAUAAACUAAAUAAAUAGACAGAGUGUCUUUUGAAUAUCCCUCCUGUCCAGGACAGAGCUUUAUGGUGCCUCUUGAACAAAAAUGCACCUAAAACUUUCUUAUACUUCUUGACUUCCUAUACAUGUUAAUGUUAUUGAUAUUGUGAUUGUUUUUGAUUAUUUAACUGCAAAUCAACUAUUUUAGGUUGUUUUCAAAUUUAUACAUACUGACCAGACAUGUAUUUCAUGAAACAUGAAAUUUGCUUAUGUUUUUAUGAGCAGAUUUUAACCACACGCAACUUUAAUGAAUAAGGGCCACUAUGUGUACUCAUAUGUUCACAUCAGUUUCUUAUGUUUUUUUUCCACUGUACAGCAUUUUGUGUCAAAUUUCUGAAACACUGAACUGCUUUUAUUGUUUAAGGCCUGUAUUUGUAACUUAAAACGACAAACACAGGAGGACAACAUCACUAGGACCUUCAUGUAAGAUCACUGAAAGUUAUCUGUCUACCUCCGUCUGAUCCUUGUAGUUUUAAAUCCAAUAAAUUUUGAUUUGGAAUUGAUCAUAUGGAUGCUUUAGUGUCUAUAAAAAUCCAGUAAUAUGCCAGAAUUCAUAACACUCUAAAAAAAAAAAAAAAAAAAAAGAAAUCAUUAAACUAAUAUGCUGCUCAUAAUAAUAAUAUUUUUACUACAUGCAAUUUGUUGUACAAGGAAUUUGUAUUUGAAUAUUUUUUUUAUUCAACCUAAAAAAAGAUUUUGUUUGAGAUUUGUAAUAGAGGAAUCUAAAGGCCUAAACUGAACUGAGUAUUGUAUUUUCAGGAUUUUCAGUUAAGCGUUUGAAUAAUGAAGCAAUUUUCUACAAACUUUUAAUCUCUCAAUUCAUUUACAUUUUUUCCUAAAAUGUUGAACCGACAAACUGAAUGAACACAGAAUCACAGAUUACACAAUUGAGUAUGUAAUUACAAUUACAUCUUGUUAUUAAAGCAUAUAGCAGAGGGUGUGUGUGUUUGAGAGAGAGAGAAAGAAAGAGAGAACACUGGCAAAACAGUUCUCAUUAGGUCCUUGUUAUGUAAAAUAUCCAAAGUCUAACCAGGCCUGACGGAUAAGUUCGGCCACUGUGAGAGUAGUACAAGCCUGCUUGCCCUGGCUUACAAUCAUCCUAUUAAAACCCUUAAUCAUAUUAUUUAUUAGUAGUUUUAGCCUUUUUUUUUUUUUACUGCUAAUUAAAUAAAAGACACUAAAAAGCAUAUACCAGCUUGUAUUCCUAAAUGCUCUUCCAUCUAACCACUACUCUGUCCCAACUUACUCAAUUCACACUAAACCUUCACACUACAUUAUUCAGUUUUUUAGAAACACAUUCAUAUCAUCCAUUGUUUAAUAGCCAAACAGCACAUAUUGCAACCAACAUUAAAUAAUUAAGAUUCAAAUAUUGAACAAUAACUUUCAUUAAAGUGAACCAAAAUCUGAUUUUCUCAUAAAACGUUUAAAAACACAUCACUCAGUUUUACAUUGUCCUGCAGCCAAGUUUUGCAAAGCUUCCUUCUUAAUAAAAUGUUCCAGAGUCUGAGUUAAAAAUAAUAUUUUUACUACUAAUAAAAUAAUUGUAUAUGCAAUAUAAAGAAACUGCAAUCAAGGUUCGUUAGUGAGUAAAAGUACUACAUUACAUGGUUUAGCCUCUCUUUCUAUAACUUUUGAAGCCAAAUGCUUAAACCAGUUCUUAUUAACCAACCUGCCCAUUUCCCCAGACAACAGGGGAAGCAGUCAAACUGUGACUUGAGCCAGCUCCAUGCCACUCUGGUGUUUUUCCUUCUCUCUUUUGUCAUAGAAAUUUUGUUCCCUAAGGUAAAUACAAAAACUGUCAAUCACAAAGAGCGGAGUCAAGCAAAGAAAAACAUUUUAUUGAGCUCAAUGGUGUCUUCAGAAAACACAGUUCACAUGGACUGUACCACCGAAGAGACAACUCCCUUCAGCGUUGUCUUAUACUCUGCAGGUUUCGUGCCAGGAUCAGACUUCCCUACUAUCAGUUAUUGCUGAUAACAUUCACAGAGUUUGGCUGGCACCAGAUGUUUCCUUUAUUCUGACGAUUCUCUGUUUCUAACUUUAUGUUUUUGCAAAAAUUGAGCAGGGUACUCUAUUUUUGGAGUUAUCUCUAAGGAGUAAAGCCUGCACAAGGUCAUGUACACAGAAACUUACUUAUUGAAUACAGGAUUAUAAUUGAGUAAAUACAUUUGAUCAUACAUAAAAGUCUUCUAUUUCUGUUAAACUUAUAGAUUUCCACUACACUCUCUCACUACAACAUAGAGUAUAAAUAGUUUUACAUUAUUUUAUACACAGGUAUGACAAUCCCUCUUUACCUCCAUGUUCUCCAUCACUCUUCCUCUGUGCUGUCAGGACUGCGGUGGAUCCGGAGUCUAUCCGUAGAAUAAGACAAAUACACCCCGAUUGGGAUGCCAGUCCUUCAGGAACCACAUUCACACACUCAUGUUCACACCUAAAAAUCAAUCCAUCUACUGACAUGUUUUUAGAAUGUGGUAUACUGCCUGGAAGAAACUCCCCACUUACCAUCAGCACUGGGGCUGUGAAGGUGUCAGUGUUUCCUGCUGCACCACCUCCAAAUUAUUUUCAUAUUUAUUUAACACUUCGGUCCACUAAUUUGAUUGGACAAGCAGUGUUCCAGGAGUAUAUUCAGUAUAACUGCACUGGGAUACAUUAGCGAUGUACCUAAUCUGUUGACAUUUUUCAAGAAUAUACAUUUUGACUUAAAACAUGAAAGCUUGUAGGAGUAACAUCUUAAUGUUAGAUGAAUUUUCUAAAUUGUCACAUACUUGUUUUUAGAGGUGUUGUACAAAAGCAAUAUUUUACUCAUAACCCUGUGGUUAUACUGAAUAUAUGCUGAAUUACAGCAGUGCCAGUAUUCAGUACAAUUGUACUCAUUCUUGGGUGAUCUUGCUUUUUCACAUUCUUAGAAAUAAAUGGUUUAGAAACCUUUAACCUACUUGGAACUCUUUCUUUUAGGCAACCACUGUAAGUAUAAACAACUUUUUACUAAUGAAGCAUCAUUCACAAACUAGAUAACUGUUUAGGUCACCUGUUAACAGGAACCAACUUGCAUGUGUAAAGAACCCUACUUUUCUUCCUUUUGCUGAAGAAUUAUUAGUAGUUUGUUUUUAUAAAUCACUAAAGCUGUUAAUCACAUACAGUGGAACUGUAAGCGUGGUGCAUCAGAUAAAUCUUGAUAAAUAAGCAUGUGAGUUCUUUGGUAUAGCAUAAUUCUAAGAUGUGUGUUUAUAAGCAGCGUGUAAUGGAUGUGACUCCAUUAUAGCCUGUUACAAUGAUUUAUAUAGUGUUGUACACUGGGGAGAGGAAUAAAAGAAUAGCAGUCUUCAAAUCCCUAAUAGUUACAUCUGUGUUGUAAAUGUGCAACACAUGCAGCAGUAAUGUGGUUGAUUUAGUAUGUAGUCUAAUCACUACUGUCAAAUCACUGUUUUGUAGUGGCAGGUUAGUUUAUACAGCUAGACAUGUCAUCAAUAUGUGAAUUCACAGCAAGAAGCAUGGAUGUGGGAUUUUACGUUGGGGUGCUGGAAUUUUAAGCAGUAUACAUGUGACAUACUCCUGGACAUCAUACCUGAAUGACAGCUGUGUCUUUACCACCUCAGACGCUUUAAGAACAUUAAAAUAAGGACCUUUUACACUUUCACCAUUGAUAGCAUCCUGACUGGAAUCAUCACAGCCUGGUUUGGGAACAGCACCAAGCAGGACAGUUGAGCUUUCCAGAGUGUGGUGCGUUGCAUUGCAGCUGAGUGCACCAUUUGUACUGAGCUCCCACACCUGGUGUCUAUAUACAGCAAGCAGUGUUGGACCUCAACCAUCCAAACAAUAGACUCCUUGCAGCUGCGGUCAGGGAAGUUAUUCUGCUCCAUGAGGCCAGAUGAUCCCUCAACUAGGACAACACCUAGAGCAGGGAUCCUGAGAUCUGGCCCACAAGAUUCACUUUCCUGCAGAGUUUAGCUCUAAUCUUAAUCAAACACACCUGAGCAUGCUAAUCAGUGUCUUCAGGAUCAUUAGAAAGUCACAGGUAGAGGAGUUUGAUCAGGGUUGGGGCUAAACUCUGCAGUGCAUUGGCCCUCCAGGGCAAGAUGUGAGGAACCCUGACCUAGAGCUUGGACUUCUUCUCACAACCCAUAACCUCAGCUGACACUUUACACAGCUCACUUUACAUUUUUCUGCACAUUAUUACAAAUAUUCACUUUAGUCUUAACAAUUAUUCAUAAGUCAUCCAUUAUUCUUACCAACAUAUUUCAUGUC